AGCCCGGCUGUUACAGGGUAGGGACUGGCUGGGAGGGGGAGGAAGUAUUCGGGCUGUAAGUGCAGUGACAGCACAGGGAGCGGUGUGGGAGUGGAGGCGGAAGAAGAAAGGACAUGUCGGUGAACCUGAGUAAGAACGGGGCCGCCUUGCAGGCCGCAUAUAAAGAUGUGCUGGAUGAAAAGACUAAAACAGACUGGGCUCUCUAUACGUAUGAAGGUAACAGCAAUGACAUCAGAUUGGCUGAAACUGGAGAUGGGGGGCUUGAGGAGCUAGUGGAAGAACUGAGCAGCGGCAAAGUGAUGUACGCCUUCUGCAGGGUGAAAGACCCCAACUCAGGACUCCCAAAAUUUGUCCUUGUGAACUGGACAGGCGAAGGUGUGAAUGAUGCCCGGAAAGGGGUCUGUGCCAACCAUGUCAGCACCAUGGCCAACUUCCUCAAGGGUGCACAUGUUACAAUUAAUGCCCGUGCCGAAGAGGAUGUAGAGCCAGACGCCAUCAUGGAAAAGGUGGCCAAAGCAUCUGGCGCCAACUACAACUUCCACAAGGAGAGUAACAGGGGCAAUGAGGGACCCCAAGGACCAGUGGGGUCAGUGUAUCAGAAAACCAAUGCAAUGUCAGAGAUAAAACGCGUAGGAAAGGAGAAUUUCUGGGCUAAGGCAGAGAAAGAUGAAGAGGAACGGAGAUUGGAGGAGCACAGGAGGGCAAAUUUAGAAAAGGAUCGGUUGGAAAAGGAGCGCAAGGAGAGAGAGCAGAGAGAGGCUGAGGAGAGAGAGCGGAGGUUCCGAGAGAGGGCAAAGGAGAUAGAUGCACAGAGGAAACAUCAGGAGGAGGGAGAGAAACAGCAGACGGUUCCUGCCUCCCAGCACUCUGUUAACCCACGUGAGAUGUUCCUUCAGAAAGAACGCUCAUUACCCGAGUCUGGCCCAGUGAGUGUCCAGCCUGGGAGGCUGCGCAGUCCCUUCUUGCAGAAGUCGGCCUGUCAGCCUGAGUCUUCACCUCCUUCGUCCCCUGUACAUCGUGUCCAGGAACCCCCAUCAUCCCCUGUUAAUCGUGCUCACCAGACACCCCCAGAAUCUCCUGUGCCCCCUGUCUCUCAUCCACCAGAGCCCACUGUCCAUGUGAAAGAGCAAGACACUGCCUCCCAGCAAGAAGAAGAGAAUAUAUACCAGGACACCACUGAGGACGAAAAUAUAUAUCAGGAUACACCCCUGGAUGAGCCAGUAUAUGAGACUGGAGUGGAGGAAGAUAGAGGAAUCUGUGCACGGGCACUGUAUGACUACCAAGCAGCUGAUGAUACAGAGAUCUCAUUUGACCCAGACGACUUUAUAACACAUAUCGAGAAGAUUGACGAAGGCUGGUGGCGCGGUAUUGGUCCCAAUGGUCACUUUGGAAUGUUCCCAGCCAAUUAUGUUGAGUUGCUAGAGUGAGUUUGCUGGUGCUGAGCACAAGCAGUAUGGGGGGAGGUUGGUCCUGGCAAUGAGAGGUUCCUGUUGCACUAAAACGGUUCUAACACCAUAGGCUAUUACCACAAGAAAAGCACUUCAUGUCUUCACUUGAACAAAAUGCUUCCUGUUGACCAACUAGACGGUUAAUUUAUAUACUAUUCUUAGUUUAGCACCAGGGCUUUUGAUCAACUUUUAUCCUAGGUGCUGUGAGAAAGCAUUCCUUGUGCUGUGCAGGCAGCUCUGUUGGCAUUUCUGUUGGACUCUGCAAGACUGAGGGUCUUACACUGGGCUAUAAUUGCUAGCUCUGUGGACCAAAGGGUCUAUUAGUCACUCCUCCUGCUUCCUUGAUCUUUUUGUUCAGCUCCUUCAGCUUUUUCCCCUCUUUGAACAUUAUCUCCCACUAUUGCCCAGCCUUCAAGGACCACGCCAAGGGGUUCAUGCUUGUUUAGCCCCACUCCAGGCUGUGUCGCUAGGCCACCUUGCUUGAUAUUCACUACUCACAAGGCUUUCUUGCUGUUUAUCCCACCUUCUGGUUUUAUUGGUUGGUUUAGAUGUGCCCAAGGAUUAUUGCUUGUCUAGCCACCCAGCCAGAGCCUUUUCUCCCCCAGCACUCCCAUGAUUCCAAUUGGGCAAAGCGAGAACAUUGACAAAGCGAAUGUUAACCCAGAAGUCACAUAGCAAUCAAUGAGCAGGCAACAUGUAUUGGUUUGCUGUUUGAAAGGGAAUAUGUGGUUGCUGUGAGUUAAUAGACCCGGGAUGAACGUUCCACCCAUUAUUACUUUAUCUUCGUGUGCUCUGUCAGAUAAGAAACCAGAAUGGAUUUCCCACAUGACAUGACUGUCACUGUAAUUAUUACUUGGUAGCAUUCCAUGGGCUUCUUUUUAAGCGACAGUUAUUGGUAAGGAUAGUUAGUCUCGGUUCUUCCUUUUACCCUCUCAUUUAUCCUCACUUGCUUUCCUAUGCCCACACUAAGCUGCCAGUAUUUGCUUUUCCUACAAACAUUCCUGUAUACCCCAUCCCCAGAAUACCCCCCCCCCCCCUUACCUGUGCUCCUACUUAAUGUGAAAUGUGGUGGGCGGUCUGUAGAGACCACAUCCAUGCCUCCCCUGUGACUAUUGAAUGCUGGUUUGGAAUCUCUGGGCUUGUAGGAUCAUGCUAAGGAUGAUACAUAAUUCUGUGUCCUGUGAAAUCACAUAAUCAUGCUGAAACUUAUUUCUUGUUCUUGGUUUUUUUAAUCAUUAAAAAAUAAAAGACUUUGUAAUA